AUGCCGAAGCUGUUUGGGAUCGACGUGGUGUCCAAGGAGGAAGAGGCUGGGCCGGGGUCUGACUCGUCGUCGACAACGACGACGACGGAGCCCCGCGGCGGGGAGGGGAGGAAGUACGAGUGCCAGUACUGCUGCCGCGAGUUCGCCAACUCGCAGGCGCUGGGCGGCCACCAGAACGCGCACAAGAAGGAGCGGCAGAAGCUGAAGCGCGCCGCCCAGAUGCAGCACUACCAGCACCUCCACGGCAGCAGAGGCGGCGGUAUUCUGUUUCAUAGAAAUCCCAUCGUGUCGGCCUUCGCCCCGCCGCCUCACCUCUUCCCGGACAAUCCGCCGGCCUCCCCAACAUCUGGGUGGGUCUACUUCUCCCGAGACGCGUCCGCAGCGCCACCGGCGCCGCCCUUCAACGGUUGCGUGUUUCCCUCCUCCAGUAGCUCUACCCGGUUCCCAGCGGUUACGCCCGCGUACAACUACUCCGCCGCCAGCUACGGCCACGAAGAGACCUCCUUCGCCAGGUUCACCGUCUCCAGCCAGAGUAAGACAGCGAGAACGGAGGAGGCGCUGGAGUUGGAUCUCCAACUCAGCCUGGCUCCCGCUGGAUCCUGACUCGCAGCAUGGAAAAAAUGCCUCUUUUUCUUAAACUAUAACGAUGAACAGCGCAAGAUCAGCGAUGACCACGACGCCUUUAAUUAGGUGCACUACAGACCCUGUAAAUUUCUUAAUAUCCGUCCUUUAUCAUCAUUCUUUUCACAUUUAAUUUCGGUUUGUGACCAUUCCACAACAAUUCACCAG